GGAUGAGAACAUGACGGUGUGUGUCGCAGACUUUGGUCUCUCAAAGAAAAUCUACAGUGGAGAUUAUUACAGACAAGGCUCCGUCUCCAAACUACCAGUGAAGUGGAUCGCUCUGGAGAGUCUGGCUGACAACCUGUACACCACACAGAGCGACGUGUGGGCGUUUGGCGUGACGAUGUGGGAGAUCAUGACUCGUGGUCAGACGCCUUACCCCGGGGUGGAGAACUCUGAGAUCUACGAGUUUCUGAUCAAAGGUGAACGACUGAAGAAACCUCCAGACUGUAGGAACGACAUUUAUGACAUCAUGCACAGCUGCUGGAGUCCGGUUCCUAAAUGUCGUCCCAGUUUCCAACAUCUGGUCAGACAGUUGGAGGCGCUGUGGCACAGCCUGUCCCCUGCCCCCCCACAGAAGGAGCCUCAACUCUACAUUAACCUGGAGGACGAGGAGGGGGAGCCAGGGAGGGAGGGAGGAGGAGCGAGGGAGGCCACAGCGUCCAGUUGGAGUAUUCCCUGGCAGCGGCGGGCGGAGGACGAGGAGAAACACUGGCUGAUGGUGGCGUCCGGGGCAGAGCUCGCCAUCGGAGGAGACUACAGGUACAUCAUCGGGCCCCAUGCGGGCCCCGGGGAGGAGGAGGCUGAGGGAAGAGGGGAUAGGAGGAGGGAGUCGAUGGAUACGUUACAAGAGGAGGUGAGGGACGAAGAUGAUGAUGAUAUUGUCAUCAAUGUCUGACUGACCAAUCGCAGCUCUCCUCCUCCUCUCACCUGAUUGGAUCUGUGCCUGAGCUCAUCAGUCAGCUGAUGAGAAAGGGACGCUCACGUAAUGGCUCUGAGCAGCAGCAGGCGGGUGGAGACUCUUAAAUUAGACUCACACACACGUAGGACACUAAUGAACAUAGAUCUAAACCUGUCCCCACAAAGAUAGAAGUUUUUGUCAGGACAAACGUAAAAUGGAGGAGAAAUUUGACAUUGUGUUUUUGAAGUGGUCAUGCUGGCCUGUCCGUGUUUUAUUUAAAUGAACCUUGUGAUGAGGAUAAUAAACGGGACCUCGUUCACUAGUGAUUGUGUGACCACAGAAACUACAGCAACACAUUCUGUCCACCGACAGAAGCAAACAUGAAUCCACCUGGACCAUGACGUCACUGCGGGACCCAACCAGAUUCAACUGAACCUGACUCAACUCGCCAACAACUAAUUAAUAACUAAUCAAUCCAUCCUCUGAACAUCAGCAGUCAUGUGACACUGUUGGUUUUAUAAACUUAAAGAACUGGCUGGGACCACGGACUGGACUGAUCUGGAGCAGUUUUCUUUAACAUAUCACUGAAUAAUGUGUAAACGUGUUUCACAUGUUUGAAAUGAAGUUAACAACCUGCUGUUUGAAUUUAACCGCUCGGCAUGGUGGGAUAUGAAGGGACAGCAUGUCACAUGUCACGUCCUCACCUUUCUGUCCACCAGAUUGUAGAUAAUAAAGUUUUCUUUGUGUCACGUCG